AUGAGUGAAGGUAUCCACAACUUGACCGAAGCGAUCGCAUUGCUCACACCCGCGCGACACCAACGACAAUCCGCUAUGGAGGACCCCACCUCCAGCCGACCGCGAGGGCCGCGUCUCUAUCACAAGAAGUCGAGAACGGGCUGUGUACGAUGUAAACAGAGACGGGUCAAAUGCUCUGAGGAACGUCCGUCGUGUGCUGGUUGUUCGAGGCACAUGGUCGAAUGUGUGUACCCUUACCAAGCAGCCGCGUCGUCCGCAUCGCCUCCGGGGCUCCCACAUGUGUCGUCCUCGAUCCGCGCCAAGAGCAAAGGAGCGGUUGUCAGCGCUACUACCGACUUUGGCGCAUCGCGACACGGCGGGACGGGGCUCAGCCCGUCAAACACCGAGAACGGGAACCGCGCCCACACGCCCGGAAGCUUUGGACAUACACCGGGUAGUCAGGGUACCCAGUCAUCGCCGGGCUCGUCGCAUCGGACCCCGAUAGAAGGCCCAAGCGAGGCAGAUUUGGAUAUCCCCGAAUCGAAGGAACGUCGGAUGUGGGAGCUGCGCCUGCUACACAACGGCCUCCUGAUGGCUAAUCCAUUUUCUUCCACACAAGCGGGACCGAUGACACAUCUAUGGAACGUCGACAUACCGAACAUGGCGCUGCGGGACGGGUCGGAUCUAAUACUUUACGGAUUGCUUGCGCAUUCGGCACUCAACAUGCUAACCAAGCCGAGCACAACGGCCAAAGAGCGCGAAGAAUUGGAAGUGCUCCAUCAGACGUAUUUGGCUCUGUUGCUGCGCGAACAACGGCGGGACGUGGCCAAGAUGAGUCCCGCGAAUGCCGACGUCAUUUGUUUCUCCAGCUUGCGCAUCCUAACGCACGCGAUGGCCAUGGUGCAGACCGUGCCGAUGGAUCCGUGGGAGCCCCCGCUGGAUUGGUUACAAAUGGGGCGCGGUGCCGGCGUCGUCUUCCUCACUGCGAAGGAGGCUGUCUUGUCCGGGGAGGGCAACAAGUUCGGGACCUUCCUCAGAGCCCCUGGAGUUGUUGAAGACCCCAACGAAACGAUAUACGGCGACCACAGCGAGUUGGACUGGCUGCUGGAACAUCCAGCGGGCGCACAUUCGGCCGAGGCACAGGCUGACGUGGAAUUGGAUGACGCGGAGACGCUGAGAAUCUAUAAUUCGGCGCUCUCGUAUAUUUGUUGUUCGCGAAGGGCCAUCGAGCGCGGCGAGACAGAUUAUGCCAUCGCCAGGCGGCUCGGCGGGUUUUCAGUAUGGAUGCCGAAUGAUUACACACAAUACUUAGUCGAGAGGAGGUCGAGGGCGAUGGUAAUAUUGGCACAUUUCAUGGCUCUAUGGAUUGAUUUUGAGGACGCUUGGAUUAUCGGCAAGGCGGGCGAGAGGCAGAUCAGGGGCAUCCAGAAGAGUCUGCCCCUCGCGUGGAGUUCUAAGCUGGACGGGCUGUUUUCGAAGUUCAGGACGCCUGGAAAUAGGCCAGAAGCCUCUAGGGAGGCUCCCUAA